UGGCCAGAAAAGCGUAUUACUUUCGGGUCCCAGUACGAGUUAACCAUGAAGGCCUUCAUCCUGUUGUCGCUGUUCGUUGCCGGCGCUCUGGCUGGUGUUGAGGAGAGCAUCUGGCUGUCCAAGCAGAUGCGCAUCGAUGCUGGCACCAGCGCCGAGUACAAUGGCCGCAUCGUCGGUGGCUCGACUGUGCCAAUCGGCCAGUUCCCGUACCAGCUGUCGCUGCGCCAGAACGGCAACCACAUCUGUGGUGCCUCGGUUAUCUCCUCGAACUGGGCUCUGUCCGCUGCACACUGCACCUUCCCGAUGCCGAACGUUAACGCGAUCACUUUCCGUGGUGGCAGUGCCAGCCGUCUUGAGGGUGGUACCAUCUUCCAGGCCGCUCAGAUCAUCAACCACCCGCAGUACAACAGCAACAACCUGAACAACGAUGUGUGCGUCAUCCGUAUCACCACCUCGUUCGUCGGAUCCAACAUUGCCUCGAUCCGUCUGGUGAACAGCGGUACCAACUUCGCUGCCGGAACCAACAGCGUCGUCUCUGGAUGGGGUCUGACCUCUCCCGGAGGAAGCCUCCCGGUCAACCUACACGCCGUCAACAUCCCGGUCGUUGCCCAGGCUACCUGCAGCUCGCAGUGGGGAACUGGACGUAUCACCGCCGCCAUGGUGUGCGCUGGCCAGCAGGGACGCGACUCGUGCAACGGUGACAGCGGUGGCCCGCUGGUCACUGGAGGACAGCAGUUCGGUAUUGUCUCGUGGGGUGCCGUGCAGUGCGGAGGACCUCUGCCGGGUGUGUACGCCAACAUUGGUAAUGCCGCUAUCCGCAGCUUCAUCAGCCAGAACACUGGUGUCUAAGUACUCGCGCCGCUUUAUGACAUAGGAAAGCAGAAUGGAAAAUUAAAACAAAAAAUCGCUAACGCAA